GAUAAAAGAGAAAUUAUUGCCAAUACACCAUCAGAUUAUGCUAAUCUCAUCGAGAAAUGUUGGUCAUCUGAUUCAGAUCAACGACCAACGCUAGAUCAAAUUUUGAUAGAACUUGAGAAGUUAUCAAAUGAAACAACUAUUGAAUUUAUAACAAAUGAAAACAUCAAGAACAAUCAACAAAUUGUGCAACCAGAGUUAUAUAAUGAAAUUUCAUUAAAUUUUUUUAAUUAUAGAACUGAAACAACGUACAAAUGUCAGGAAGAAUCCAACACAAAAGAAGAGUCACAAGUAUUACAUGGCUCAUAUUUAUCCAAUAAUUGUAAUAAUGAUGAAGCAUGGGAUUUUUUUAUUAUUUAUUUUUUAAACACCGGACUUUUGUUGAUACUACAACCUUACUCACCUGACGUA